CGUUAACCUCUGGAAGAUAAACUUAUUACUUAUUCGGGGAUGCGUCGUGUGUCGCUGGAUAGACGCACUCAAAAAAAAGCGUUGGUGCCGCCCACAUUACAAGUCGUAUAAAUCGCCGCAGGUGUUUCGCCAUCACUGCACUCACUCUCUUCCCAUGCGCCGUUUUCUAUCCCCUCACCCGCUCCCCACUCACUGUUUCAUAGAACAGCAGUCGCAGUCUAGCAUAGCAUAGCGUCGUUCAGCGUCUUUCACCCAUCACUACUCCACCUUCCCCCCUCACCUUUCGUCUGCAACCAUGUCCGGAAGCGCACAACCGGCCAAGACGGCCCAAGUCCAGAACCAAGUGGAUGAGGUCAUAGGGAUUAUGCACAACAACAUCGAGAAGGUGAUGCAACGAGGUGAACGUCUCGAAACGUUGCAAAACAAGACGGAUGAUCUGCAGCAAGGCGCUUUGCAAUUCAAGCGUGGGGCAACGAAAGUCAGGAGGCAGAUGUAAGUUUUUCCUCUUUACAAGCGUUGAAGCCUGUUUCCUGAAUAGACUGGUGAACGAUGUUGGCGAAAAGCUUUUACCGUCAGCUACGUCUGCUUUUGCUUUAUGUAUGCAAAGGACUCACACGAACGCCCUUUUGUACUCUUUAGGUGGUGGAAAGACCUGAAGCUCAAGCUGAUCAUCGGAUCCAUCGUCCUCGUUAUCCUGAUCAUCAUCAUCGUAUCGGUAGUGAAAUCGGUCAACAGCGCCACGCCAUCAGGAUAAAUUAUCACCUUGCACGUCAACCACCCAUAGCGUUGUUGACUUCAGCGCUAGCAUCCCCGCAUUUUCCUGACGAGUGUAGCGUUCUCCGCGCCGCUUCUGCUAAUACCCAUCCCGCUCCGUUGCCUUUCGUCUCAGAACUUUGUGUCAACGCCUUGACGUGUUUUUUUGGACUUGGUUUUAUUUAAAUGAUACUCGUAACACAACG